CCCGGGCCGCUGUACACUCAAGGGGCUCUCUCGGCUUCAGGAAGAGUCCGGCUGCACUGGGCUGGGAGCCCGGCGGGACACGGACCGGGAGGCUGGCAGCCCGCGGGCGAGCCGCGCUGGGGGGCCGAGGCCGGGGUCGGGGCCGGGGAGCCCCAAGAGCUGCCACAGCGGGGUCCCGGGGCCGCGGAAGGGCAAUGGCUGCCAGCGGCAUCACCUCGCUUCCCGCACUGCCGGAGGACGGCGGCGCCGCCUUCCCACCGGGCCACUUCAAGGACCCCAAGCGGCUCUACUGCAAGAACGGCGGCUUCUUCCUACGCAUCCAUCCCGACGGCCACGUGGAUGGCGUCCGCGAGAAGAGCGACCCACACGUCAAACUACAACUCCAAGCAGAAGAGAGAGGAGUUGUGUCUAUCAAGGGAGUGUGUGCCAACCGGUACCUUGCUAUGAAGGAAGAUGGACGGCUGCUGGCUUCUAAGUGUGUUACGGAAGAGUGUUUCUUCUUUGAACGACUGGAAUCUAACAACUACAAUACUUACCGGUCACGGAAAUACUCCAGUUGGUAUGUGGCACUGAAACGAACUGGGCAGUAUAAACUCGGAUCCAAAACGGGACCUGGACAGAAGGCCAUACUGUUUCUUCCAAUGUCUGCUAAGAGCUGACUCACUUUCGACACUGUCACUGAGACACUGUCGUCACUGAAAAGAAGAGAAUGUAUACAGCCUUUUAUGUAAUAGUAAGACACUUAACCAUUACCUCAGUAGAGAAAAACAACAAUUUUUGGAAAAUAUUUAGACUUCCCCAUUUUAUAUAGCUUUGGUUGUGACCCAGUGAGAAUUAGAUCUACAAUCUUGUUCACAUAUUUCCUUUAUUG